UCAACUUCCAACCCAAAGCAUCAAACAAGUUCACCCAGUACUGACAAAUUAGUUGAAGACCACAACCCACUAAGCAGAAUGGGAGCCGAAUUCUCUGUACCGCAGCACGCAAACAAAUCUCUGCCGGUGGACGGCCCCCCCGCUGCUUCGCCGGCGAUGAGAACUUCGAAGGUUCUUGCAUUCCAUUCCCUGGCAAGAUGGAAAGCCCACUUUGAGGCCUCUAAAGCCUCUUCCAAACUGAUGGUGAUCGACUUCUCGGCCUCAUGGUGCGUGCCAUGUCGAACCAUGGAACCUGUCAUUGAAGAGUUCUCCGCCGAGUAUACUGACGUCGAGUUCAUCAAGUUAGACGUCGACGAAUUGAUGGGUGUGGCGGGCCAAUUUGGGGUGCAGCUACUGCCGACAUUCGUGCUGGUGAGGAAGGGGAUAAUAGUGGAUAAGGUUACAGGGGUGAAGAGGGAAGAGUUGCAGAAGAAGAUCGAGAAACACAGAUCAGCUAGCUAAUUAUAUUAUUACUCCCGAUCAAUUAAUUAAAGCUAUCUGAUGCAUGCACCCAGCUCGAGUUUAACUUAAAUGGAUAUAGCAGAGGCCAUAUAUAUAUAUAUAUAAGUUUGUAACCUGAAAGUGUCAGAUAUAAAAUUAAAUAAAUACGACACAUGCUAACUUAUAUGCUCCCUCUCCUCUCCUCUCCUUUCCUAUGAAGGGGAUACGUACCAUGUAUUACGAUGAAUAAAACGAAUUAGCUCUUUCACCCAUGACCCAUGCAUGUCAACUAUAUAUGAUUAAGUAAAUAGAAAUUUAU